AUUUAUUCCUGACCAAUAGCUAUUUAAAUUCUUUAUUAAGUUUAAAUAAAGGACCAUUAUUAAAUAGUUUAUUCCUUAGACUUUAGUAUUUUGAAGUUGCAGGUUCCCGGGUGUCAUUUUACAUCUGUUAAGUUUGUACUAAACAUUCUGUAAAUCAAGUUUUAUUGGCCUCAGAAACCAAAUAUUAUUUACUUGUGACUGAAGUGUAAUUACUGAUAUCUGGUGUAUAAACAUAUAAAGAUAUAAAUACCCCCCACAUUGUGUACAGUGGGUCAGGCUGCACUAUUGGAGAUUCACCUGCACUACAGCAAUAAACGUUACAUAAAUAAUAAGUUAUUAUAAACCUUCAGCCUUUAAAUGCGGGUUAAACAGAUUAAAACCUCCUGUGUGAUCAGUUUGGGGAUUCUACAUCCUGUACCGCGCACUGCACAGUGUAUUUGGAACACAGCCCGCGGCAUCUGUGCAGAUUUGGCAACCCUGUCAAAAUGAAAGCAGGAGGCGGAGUUGUUAGCAUUAGCUUCUGCGUUCAAAACAUUCAGAUCAGCUGAUCUUACACAUGAUUAAGUAACGUAAACAGCCUUGUUCCGAUUAAAAUUAUAAUAUUAUAAAUAAAUCAGGUUAUAUAAAGUAUAAUUAUAAUAUCGGGUGUGUGUUAGCUUGUUAGCUAAUCAGCUAAUUACGCAGUACAACACCAACAGUAACAGGUUCUGUAGGUCUGUGUUUACUGUGAAGGUUCCAGAUGAGCUCUGAGCUCGGUUUUCUCCUCUGUGAGAUGAUGAUCAGUGUUCCUCAGUGAAGCCAUGUGUCAGAGGAACAUCACUGCUAAUAUUCUCAACAGGCAGAUCCGGGAGAAUCAGGUGUUGGGAUUUCAGAGACACUAUCAUGUGACCGACCCGUUUAUAAAGCGCCUCGGUCUGGAGGCAGAGUUACAGGGCCACUCAGGGUGUGUGAAUUGUCUGGAAUGGAACGAGAGAGGAGAUUUGCUGGCGUCCGGUUCUGAUGAUCAACACGCCAUCGUGUGGGAUCCUCUCCGCCACAAGAAGCUCAUCACCAUGCACACGGGCCACACUGCCAACAUCUUCUCUGUGAAGUUCCUGCCUCAUUCUGGAGAUCGGAUCCUGGUCACAGGAGCUGCAGAUACUAAAGUUCACGUUCACGAUGUGACGGUGAAGGAGACCAUUCACAUGUUCUCCGAUCACACCAACAGAGUAAAGCGCAUCGCUACCGCUCCCAUGUGGCCCAACACCUUCUGGAGUGCAGCGGAGGACGGAGUCAUCAGGCAGUAUGACCUGAGAGAGAGCAGUAAGCGCUCGGAGGUUCUGAUCGAUCUGACUGAGUACUGUGGGCAGCUGGUGGAGGCGAAGUGUGUGGCCGUGAACCCGCGGGAUAAUAACUACCUCGCCGUGGGGGCCAACGGGCCCUUCGUACGCCUCUACGAUAUCCGCAUGAUCCACAACCACAGGAAGUCGUUGAGCCAGACCGCAGAGGUUCAGACAUUGUGCGAUAAGCAGAAAGCCAUUCCUGACGGGGCGGGGCAGUACUACGUGGCAGGUCACCUGCCGGUGAAGCUCCCUGAUUAUAAUAACCGGUUACGGGUUCUGGUGGCGACCUACGUUACCUUCAGCCCAGACGGCACAGAGCUGCUGGUGAACAUGGGUGGAGAGCAGGUUUAUCUGUUUGAUCUGACGUUUAAGCAGAGACCGUAUACCAUCCUGCUGCCCAAGAAGUGCCACUCUGGAUCAGAGAUGCAGAACGGGAAAACCACCAACGGAGUGUCGAAUGGGAUCCACCUCGCUGCUAACUGCCUCAGAGUCUCUCAGCAUCAGAGUUCUUCCAGUGAUCUCUCUCCUAACCUGGAGCACAUUAAGCAGCAGGCUAACGAGGCCUUCGCCCGCCAGCAGUGGACUCAGGCCAUUCAGCUCUACAGUUUAGGGAUCCACACGGCGGGACAGAACAACGCCAUGCUGUAUGGGAACCGGGCCGCCGCCUACAUGAAACGCAAAUGGGACGGCGAUCAUUACGACGCCCUGCGCGACUGCCUGAAGGCGCUCUCCCUGAACCCCGCCCACCUGAAGGCUCACUUCCGGCUGGCGCGCUGUCUGUUCGAGCUGAAGUACGUGGCCGAGGCUCUGGAGUGUCUGGACGACUUUAAGGGGAAGUUUCCCGAACAGGCUCACAGCAGCGCCUGCAGCGCCCUCGACAAGGACAUCAAAGCUGCUCUGUUCUCCAAAAACGAUUCGGCGGAGGAGAAGAAAAGCAGCAGCUCGAUCCGCUUCCACAACUUCAGCCACAGAGAAGCGAUUCCUGAGGACGAGAUCAUCCUGAGAGAGCGCAGCUUCGAUUAUAAACACCGCUACUGCGGCCACUGCAACACCACCACCGACAUCAAGGAGGCCAACUUCUUCGGCAGUAAAGGACAGUACAUCGUGAGUGGAUCUGACGACGGCUCGUUCUUUAUCUGGGAGAAGGAAACCACCAACCUGGUCCGGGUUCUGCAGGGGGACGAGUCCAUCGUCAACUGUCUCCAACCGCAUCCCAGCUACUGUUUCCUAGCAACCAGCGGCAUCGACCCUGUGGUGCGGCUCUGGAACCCCCGGCCGGAGACGGAGAUGGAGAACGGGCGGGUGGUGGAGGAUAUGGACGGAGCUUCUCAGGCCAAUCAGAGGAGGAUGAACGCUGAUCCUCUGGAGGUGAUGCUGCUCAACAUGGGGUACCGUAUCACCGGUCUGAGCGGCAGCAAUGACGCCUCCGACGAUGAGGAGGAAAACAACGAGGGCCAGAUGCAGUGUCGCACCAGCUAGAUCCGCCGAGCGUGUGUGUGUGUGUGUGUGUGUGUGUGUGUGUGUGUGUGGCUGAUCGGCUCACUGAAGAGAACAUGAUGGAUGGAAGCACCUUCUUCAGUGACCUCCUGUGAGUGUGUGUGUGUGUGUGUGUGUGUGUGUGUGUUGCAAAUGCACAGCGCCCCCUAGGACAUGAAGGGAACUGAAAGACAUUGCACCUGAUUUCUCUCGAGUGGGCGGGGCUAACAGGUACCCCGGUCCGAACUGCGAGCAUGAAGCUCAGCUGAGUUCGUUUCUUUACCUGCAGCACUUUGUUUAUUCAGCGCUCUGUGUGUCGAUGCUCGGCGGUUCGGCGUCUCUCAGAUUCGGCUGGUGUGGUGAUGACCUGCUAGAUUGGGUUCAAGCGACAAUCAGGCCAAAAAUGUACCGUGCCUGAUGUUCCUCCCACCCCAGUGUAAUGAAAGAAGUAAUGAAAGCUAAGAGCAAUCAGGAAAGUUUAUGCCCCCUGCUCCGCCCGUCUGGCUUUGAUGUUUGUAUCAGCUGAUUUAUUUUGCUUUCAUUUAGAUAAGAUGAAAAAACUUCAGUAACAUAAAACCAACAAAAUAAAGAAAAACAAACUGCCGUCUACAUUCAGACACACACCAGAGACGCGCGCGUGUGUGCGUGUGUGCAUGUGUGUGUGUGCGUGUGUUAUUUCCAUCAGGUUCCACAGAGGGUUCUUUGUGUUUUUUAGGAUCUGGAUUGUUCCUCUCAGCCUCCUUCAGUUUAAAAGCUGGUAUAUUUGGAGGGUUCAGGUUUGGGUUCAGGCUGGGGUGCAGAGCGUUCCUCUGUUGCUAGGCUCUGUUGUAUUUAUUUUGAUCACUUUCCCUGGUUCUCCAUGUUUAUGUUCUUGAGAUGGAUCAGUAAUGAUGUUCGCUGAGAGAAAGAAAAUAAAGGAGAAUGAAAAUGUCUAAA